AUGCCGCCACCACUACCGCACAUGUCCGAUGAGAGUUCCGACGAGGAUGAGGUCUCGGACUCGGGUUCAGUCAAGGUUGAAGCCGCUCCGGAAUCCGACUCACUCCAGCUGUUACGGGAAAGUGCAAUGGGUGUGCUUGCCUCACGCCUUACUGCUCAGAAUGCUGGAACAUCCGCGAACCAUGUCGCAGGCCAGCUCAUUAACAACGCGAAAAGAGCACCGACGGAUGACCUCACAAGUGGUAUGGCCGCAAAGUAUCCGAGACUUGAUCAAAGGAAUGAGACCCAGGAUGAAGAGGAAUCGGAUGAAGAAGAUGAAGAUUCAAGCUCCGAGGAGGAGGACGAGGACGAAGAGGGCCAAGGCAAGCAUCCCGGCAUCUGGAUCGCUGAAUUCCGAGAUCUCCGACGAUUUGUUGUGUCGGAACGCAUCGCCCCUUACAUACCUCCUUAUCCUUCCGCAGAUAAAUUUCCUUUACAUCCAGAUCUUGUCGGCAUGACGCCUGUCGAGUUAUUCUCGCACGCUCUACCCAACUUUCAAUUGCCCCAUCACCUCCCGCCUGUCGCUCGGCAUUUGGCUGAUCGUCCCAUAAAACGAACGCCGAUUCUCGAAAAACCUUUUGUGGACAACAAACUGGACAACUUCAGCGCCUAUUUCAUGCAAGCUACUAGUCAUUUGGUGCCGGACGAGCAAGCUUGCGCACGCUGCAAAGGAGUCAAAAUCAAGAAGAGUUACGUGGGCGGAACCUUUGCUGGCUGCGUGGUAUUUGCAGACUCAGAAGAUGCCAAACUGACGGGUGGUGCCUGUGCCAACUGCUGGUAUGGCCGCCAGGGUUCCGUGUGCAGUUUUCGCAACCCAGCUGGCAGGCUCCCGAAAAAGUCAAAAGAAGCAUACGGACAACCGAGGCCGCAGACGUCGAAUCCCUCGCUCAUGUCCCCGCCGCCACCACCAGAAGGACAGCCGAUCGAGUAUGGACAGCAGUUUGGCAACACCGGCCAAGUGCAUCCGGCAUUCCUCGCAUCCGUCUCAUCCGCUUCUCCGGCGGCUUAUACACCAUUCUCGGACUAUCCACACAUUGAGGCCCAAAUCGUCCACCAGGACAACGGUGAACUUCCGGUCCUGCCACGCCGAGGCCUGCCAGGCAUCGAUGCCAACACACCGCAUGCGAACAGGAUCGCGGCCUGGGAGACGCGGUACAGGAAGAUGGAUACGAAGAAACUCCGGGCUGCUCAAAGGCACUUGAUUGAGUGGCAGGAAGACUUGAGCACGCGAUUGAUGGCCAUGAACAAGGUCUUGAUGGACAGGUUGGAGAAGAAAGAGCAGUCAUACUCUGUACCUCGCACUUGA